CAAGUGGCAGCAUUUUGACGCGAGAGAGCUCAGCGUCACAGUACAACCGCCUGCACCAGAUCACUCACUACCCAAACACUACAAAUCCGUGUGUGUUCGUCCACUGGUACAUAAUUGUAUCUUCAAUCCUUCCCCAUUAACAAUCAUAAAUCAUAAUCUCUUUUCUCUUCUACCUCCUCUUAUCUUUCUUUCUGGUCGUUAGCAUCUGCGAAUUGCUUGUUUUUACUGAAACCCUAGGUUUUUAAUCGAUCCCACUUAUCGGAUCAUUCUCAGUUUCAUAAUCUCUCACAUCUUCUGAGAAAAUGCCGUCAGUGUACGGUGCACGAUUGACAACAUUUGAAGAUUCUGAGAAAGAGAGCGAGUAUGGUUACGUUCGUAAGGUAUCUGGACCAGUUGUGGUCGCAGAUGGCAUGGCUGGUGCUGCUAUGUAUGAACUGGUCCGUGUUGGCCAUGACAACCUAAUAGGUGAAAUCAUUCGUCUGGAAGGAGAUUCUGCCACAAUUCAAGUAUAUGAGGAAACAGCUGGUUUGACGGUGAAUGACCCUGUUCUUCGGACACGCAAGCCUCUGUCUGUGGAGUUGGGACCUGGGAUAUUGGGGAAUAUUUUUGAUGGAAUUCAGAGGCCUUUGAAAACCAUUGCAAAAAGAUCUGGUGAUGUCUAUAUCCCUCGCGGUGUGUCUGUCCCAGCCCUUGACAAAGAUACUCUCUGGGAAUUUCAGCCCAAAAAAAUAGGUGAGGGAGAUCUUGUGACUGGUGGAGACUUGUAUGCAACUGUCUUUGAAAACAGUCUAAUGCAGCACCAUGUUGCACUUCCCCCUGAUGCUAUGGGAAAAAUCACUUACAUUGCUCCUCCUGGUCAAUAUUCAUUGAAGGACACUGUUCUAGAGCUUGAGUUUCAGGGUGUGAAAAAGCAGUUCACUAUGCUUCAGAGUUGGCCAGUACGUACACCAAGACCUGUUGCAUCAAAGCUGGCUGCCGAUACUCCUCUGCUCACUGGGCAGCGAGUUCUUGAUGCACUUUUCCCCUCUGUUCUCGGUGGAACUUGUGCUAUUCCUGGAGCAUUUGGCUGUGGGAAAACUGUCAUUAGUCAAGCUCUUUCAAAGUACUCCAAUUCAGAUACUGUUGUUUAUGUUGGCUGUGGAGAAAGAGGAAAUGAAAUGGCUGAGGUGCUUAUGGAUUUUCCACAAUUGACAAUGACGUUACCUGAUGGACGCGAAGAAUCUGUCAUGAAGCGUACAACUCUUGUGGCCAACACUUCGAAUAUGCCUGUGGCUGCUCGUGAGGCUUCAAUUUAUACUGGAAUCACAAUUGCUGAGUACUUCAGAGACAUGGGCUACAAUGUCAGCAUGAUGGCGGAUUCAACAUCUCGUUGGGCAGAAGCAUUGCGUGAAAUUUCUGGGCGUCUGGCAGAAAUGCCUGCAGAUAGUGGAUAUCCUGCUUAUUUGGCAGCACGUUUAGCUUCAUUUUAUGAACGUGCUGGCAAAGUGAAAUGUCUUGGAUCACCAGAACGUAAUGGUAGCGUCACGAUUGUUGGUGCUGUUUCCCCUCCUGGUGGAGAUUUUUCAGAUCCUGUUACAUCUGCUACACUCAGCAUUGUCCAGGUCUUCUGGGGUUUGGACAAGAAACUUGCCCAGAGGAAACAUUUUCCUUCUGUAAACUGGCUUAUUUCCUACUCAAAGUACUCAACGGCAUUGGAGUCUUUCUAUGAUCAAUUUGAUCCAGAUUUUAUCAACAUCAGGACAAAGGCCCGGGAAGUGCUACAAAGAGAGGAUGACUUGAAUGAAAUUGUCCAACUUGUGGGAAAGGAUGCUUUAGCCGAAGGAGAUAAGAUUACACUAGAGACCGCAAAGCUUUUGAGGGAAGACUAUCUUGCUCAGAAUGCCUUUACUCCAUAUGAUAAGUUCUGUCCUUUCUACAAGUCUGUUUGGAUGAUGCGCAACAUAAUUCAUUUUUACAAUUUGGCUAAUCAGGCUGUGGAGAGAGCAGCAGGUAUGGAUGGCCAGAAGAUAACAUACAGUCUCAUAAAGCAUCGGUUGGGAGAUCUCUUCUACCGUUUAGUGUCUCAGAAAUUUGAGGAUCCAGCAGAGGGAGAAGCAGCCCUGGUGGCAAAAUUCAGCAAGUUGCAUGAUGAUCUAACUGCAGGUUUCCGUGCUCUGGAGGAUGAGACUCGAUGAAUUCCCAGAGUUUCAAAUUUUGGUUUUUCACAAAUCGUACGGUUUCUCUAUUUGUUUCAUUCUAUGGAGACUCAGUGUUGGUAGGGUCCAUGUUGGUGGUGCUUUGUUUGGCCAUAAUUUUAGUUGGGUUGUGAUAGUUACAAUGUACUAUUGGCAGUCAUUUCAUUUUCAGUUCUAUCGAGCAGCAGGGGGACCAAAACUGUUCCAUUUGUAUUUAUGCAAUAAGUUGUGUAUUCCGCUGGUGGCAGUAUGUAUGAUUUAAUUUAUUAUUAUUAUUAUUUAAAUAUUUGGAAUUUCUUCCGCUGAAGGCUAAGCGCUUGCGCAAUUUAUAGUA